AUGCGACUGCACAAGGAUUUGUUGAAGAUACCAGAACCAAUUCCCAUUGACUCCACAGAUGAAAGGUGGAAAUGGUUUAAGAAUUGUUUAGGAGCCAUAGAUGGGACAUACAUAAAUGUUAGGGUAUCCUCAACAGACAAACCUAGAUACAGGAACAGAAAGGGGGAGAUUGCUCAAAAUGUUUUAGCAGUAUGCUCACCGGAUGAGCAAUUUAUUUAUGUUCUGGCUGGUUGGGAAGGAUCUGCGGCUGAUAGUAGAGUUUUGCGUGAUGCAAUUUCGAGACCAAAUGGGCUAAAGGUUUCUAUAGGUCAGUAUUAUCUUGUUGAUGCCGGAUACACUAAUGGUGAGGGCUUUCUUGCACCAUAUAGAGGACAAAGAUAUCAUUUGAAUGAUUGGAGGGAUGGACAUCGGCCUACUACUGCCGAAGAAUAUUUCAAUAUGAAGCAUUCAUCAGCUAGAAACGUGAUAGAAAGGUGUUUUGGUCAGCUUAAAGCUCGAUGGGCUAUUCUUAGAAGUCCUUCUUUCUAUCCUAUUGGAAUCCAAACAUAA